GUUAUUUGUGUGCAGUACAAGCGGAGAAAGUUAUUUUCAAUUUAUAACGUUAAAUAAGACAACAACAGCACAAACUGUAAACCAGUUAUUACACAAAAAGCACAGCAUUAGUACAACAUUACCGCAUCAGCCGUCGAAGUUAAGCGUAACUAGGCUAAGGUUGUUGUACAAUUUUGUAGCACAAAUGGAAGUGACCUUCAAGAAGGCCCGAUUGGUAAAUACAACAAACACAGCUGGUGUCGCCGCAGGCAUAGAUUUUGAAGCACUGGAUGACAACGACUAUGGCUGGUGGGCAUUGCCUGAGCCAGCAUUGCUGCAAAUCUUUGCCCGCCUAGAUGCCUACGAUCUGUUGCAGGCUGGCAUGUGUUGCCGCCGAUGGAAUGCCAUUUCCAACGAUGAUUUGCUCUGGCGUCAAAAGUUCCAGGAACACUUCAGAGCCUCGCCAAGCAUACCGCUGAAACCAGGUGCGACCAGUUGGCGUACCGAGUAUCAACGACUCAGUAUGCAUAUACCCUUUGUGCAGGCGCAGCGCCUGGAACCAACCAGUGAUUGUAAUCAGGGACAUACACAUCAGGUGCUGCAUGUGAGCUUUGCCCAUAAUGGCGAAAUGUUUGCCACCUGCUCCAAGGAUGGCUAUGUGAUUGUCUGGAACGCACAACAUCCAUGUACAGAAAAAUAUGCGCACAACAUGAAGCAAUUUAGUUGGAAGUAUACGCAGUACUCGCAGUUUAAUCAAAGCGACACCCUUCUCCUCGUCUCCGGCGUGCAUUUUGGCUCACUGCAGAGCACUUCCGGGGAGAUAGCCGUAUUUUAUCUUGGCGCGACAGAGUCGCAUCUACGCUGUCGCGUUGUUAACAGGCCAUAUGAUAUAUUUGGCACUUGGUUCAGCGAUCAGUAUCUCAUCUCGGGAGACUUGCACUGGCUGGCGCAUUUGGUCAGCACAUCGGUGCUUUGGCUGAACAAGGCGAAUCAGGAAAUUGAUUCGGAGCAUGUGCCAAUUAUGAGUCAAUUGUACAAGUUCUACAAUCGCAAUGCGAGCUCCGUGCGUGCAAUUAUGGUGGCCAGAUGCCCCUGGCUGGACGAGUCUAAUGAUCCAUUGGCGCAAGUUGAGCAGCAGCAGCAACAGCUGCAGGCUGCAGCCACCAACAGUGACCAGCCUACAACGUCCAUGUGCGCAUCGCUGGCCAGCGGCAAUCCGCUAUCCCAUGCUGCCAGCUUGAGGCGCACGCGCAGCGCUACGCCGGAAGAUAACUAUUUGCCAGACAUAAGCGAGCAUAGUCAGGUGCGCAGGUCCCGAGCACGUCCCGGGCACACUUCGGAUGCAACUAUACAUUAUCUAGAGGAAUAUAGACAGGCAGCUGUUGAGGCUACAGAUGGUGACAUAGAGGAGGAGGACGAGUCAGAGUCGUGCAUGGAUGUUCAUGAUGAAUUUGAUGAGAUGGAGAACAGCGUGCCCAAGUAUCUUAUAUUUUCGACAGGCUCAAAGACCUUUACGCCACAUCAAAUUGGCUUUAAGCGCAUACGCAAUGUUUACUUCCCCAAAAAACUGGAUCCAGGUCCAACGCUGAAGGAGCGCAUUGCUGCCAAGCGCGCUGCCGAGCAGCAGCAACAGCAGACGCCACGCAACGAUCCCGAUUGGUGGGACUAUGAAUCUGUCAAGGAUCGCUUUGAUCAGGUAGACAAAGUUAUAGAUCUGCAUGGUCAUAUUAUAGGCAUGUCGCUCAGUCCAGAUCAUCGUUAUCUGUACGUGAACACACGUCCCUGGCCUAAAAACUAUAUCAUUACGAAUCCUUUGGAGCCGCCACCCAUAGCCCAAGAGAUUGACAUACAUGUGAUUGAUUUAAUGACACUCAAGCGUGUGGGCAAUAUGCUGCGUGCCCACAAAGCCUACACGCCCAGCACGGAAUGUUUCUUCAUCUUUCUGGACGUGUGCGAAGAGUAUGUGGCCAGCGGUGCUGAGGAUCAGCAUGCAUAUUUGUGGGAUCGCUAUUAUGGCAUUAGCUUGGCCAAAUUUAAGCAUACAGAUGUUGUCAACAGCGUUGCCUUCAAUCCGCGCGACUCCCAAAUGUUGGUCACCACCAGCGAUGACUACACAAUCAAGGUUUGGCGCUCGCGUGCUCAGGCAAAGGAAUACAACAUACCCGUGAAUGUCAGCGAAUCCUUUGAGCUCAAGCCCAAAAAUUAGCUGUUCAAGCAACAUUUUCGUUA